AUGGCAUCCGGACCAGCGAAUAUCAACAAGCCAACCAAUGGAUUCGUUCGUGUUAUGCGCCGUGUAUACAAUCCCCUGGGUUUCUCGAAAGGGUACAAUGCUCUUCUUGCGUUCCUCGCCCUCGGCUACCUUUUGGGUUUUACCCUUGCCAGACUCCAGUAUCUCUCGUUCAAUGGUGUUUUCUGCGACCCGAACUCUCCUGGAGGCACUGGGGCAGCUCCUGGAGAAUGCUAUUACUACAUCCAAGUCCCUUUUAAGAUCGGUNACACUGUUAGACCAUGCGCCCAAAUCGCCUUCGCUCUUGGAGAGAACGAUACCCUUGCCGCUUACCCGCAAUGCGCCGACUACUUCAAUGGCAAUGCACCAAACCUACCAGUCGUCGUCACUGCCGACUUUGCCAGCGAGAAUUCCAUGGAAAUUUCUGCCGCCCUCGGGGUUCCUUUUGGUGCAGCGGGUUGGCUUGCCUUGUUGCUACACACCAUUGCCAUUGAAUUUCAUCUUAGACUCACGCCCAGAGAGUCGAAUCGUUUGCGCCAGGUAUCUUACGAACGCCAACUCGAAAGAGGCAUGUCCAGACCUGGAUACGCAGGAUUGGUCCCUGAGAGAUUUGGAGACGCCGAACCAUUCCAGCCUGCAUCGAAAGUUGUGGUGCAUGAUGAGCUAGCGAAACACGAGUCCUCUUGA